GUCUCUAGUUCAGCUCAUCCAAAGUUCAUACCCGGUAUAUAACCAGCUGAUACCUUUGCGAUAAACACAAAUGACCGACCCACGGAAUCAAAUGGCAAACCCCCGGAAGCGCAAGUACCGUUCGGACGGAACGCCGACAUGGGGUAAGCCUGUGAUUGAUGGACCGGGAGUCUGGGUGAGCUGCGUGAAAGGAAAAGAGAGGCAAAGUGUCGGGGAGCUGUAUGAUCUAUUCGAAUCGGUCGCUGCUGAAGUAUGGCCAACAGAGGGAGCAGGGCGCGUGGCCGAAGACAUCGCAGACUGUUCUGAUGCCGAAGAAUUAGAUGACGACUUGCCAGUGGAAGCUCAGAUUGCGAAAGAGUUGGCCGCUAUCAAGCGGCCUCGGAAACAACAACGUUUUGCAAAUUGUCAAACGAAUACACCCUGUGUUGUGUUUAUAUCUUGCAAACCUCCUGUGGAUCCGGUGAGGCUCGUAACGACCCAUAUUGAAAACGUGCAAAAAACGGGUGUGGCUCGAACGAAGUAUGUUCACCGUUUUGUACCGGUAUCGGGGUCGUGUACGGCCAACCUACCAGAAAUACGAUCACUCUGCCAACGAGUCUUCCCCCCUUUUUUUGCUCAGCAAAUUGAGGACGACGGACCUUCACAAACGUAUCGUUACAAGAUUGAGAUACGGACGCGAAAUCACAACACAGUCCCGCGGAUUGAUCUCAUUCAAGAGGUAGCAAAAUGCAUGCCCCAAAAUUAUCUUGUCGAUCUCAACGAUGCUCAGGUUUUUGUCCUGAUAGAACUUUUCAAGAGCAUUUGCGGUGUCAGCAUCGUAAAAGAUUAUUAUCAGCUGCAGAAGUUCAAUGUCAUGGAGCUUGCAAAUAUAAAGAAGGCUCAGGGGGAUGAUGGCACGGAACGUGUGCGGGAAAAGGGUAAGGAUAUAGCAGUAAAGGAACAGGAACUUCGGGAGGUCGUGAGAGACACUGAUGACAGGGUGUAAGAAAAGAACUGUCGCUCUGCUGGGUAGUACCGAUGAUCUAGUACCAUUGCGAUCAGGAAAGAAAGUUACUAUCUGAUGCGAAAUGUCAUUCUUGUCUCAAGAGUAC